AUGUGGGCAUUAAUCAUGUCAUUGGAUGAGUGUUUAUUAGCUAGACAACUACGAUUUGAUUAUGACGCUAGUGAACCGGACGACGUUGAAUUUGUGGAUGGAGAUGUCGAUUGGAUUGAAGAUGAGAAUCAAUCUGUAAACAACUCGGAUGACGAUUCGACCAACGAAGUUGAAGUGGUGGACAAUGAUAUGGAUGUUGUACAGUAUUUUACACCUACUCAAGAUGAUACAUUCAAAUUACUCUCAGGCCAUAAAGAAAGCGUCUUCUGUUUAGAUUUUGAUAGUACUGGUAAAUUUCUUGCAUCUGGUGGACAAGAUCAUAUUGCUAUAAUAUGGAAUGUAGCAACUGGUGAAACUGAAUUCAUUUGUCAAGGUCAUGAUGAUUCUGUGAAUUGUGUUAGUUUCAGUCCAAAUGGUGAUUAUUUAUGUACUGGUGAUAUGGCUGGAAAUAUUCGUAUAUGGUUAAGACCGUUAAUAGAAGAAAAUUCAAAAGAAUGGAAAUUAUUAAGAACAGAAACUGUCAAUGAUUUACUAUGGAUUAAAUGGUGGGUAUCACCUUCAAAUGCUGUACGAAAUAUGAACAAUGAAGUUUCAAAGCCUGCUUUACUAUUAGCUGGUGAUGAACAUAGUUAUGUUAAUUACUGGGCUGUAAGUUCUAGUAUAUCAAACAAUCAGGGGAAGUGUUUGUCGAUGGCGUAUACGUUUGAUCUUGAUCAAGCUGCUUUAGAUGGUCUAAUUCUACCAAGUUUUACAAAUACUAAAAAUCCAAAAUUAGCCGUUCUUCAUCGAAAUGGUGAUCUACGUAUAUGGGAUAUAAAAACAAUAACAUUAAUUGGUUCAAUUAAAUUAUUCGAUAAAAAAUAUUCUUCAUUAUCUAAUCAAUAUGGUAACCAUUUAGAAGUUUAUCAAAUUAAUUCACCGCAAUUAUUUAAUAAUCAAUUAUCUAAUUCUAAUCAUGAUUUAUUAUUAAUUACUGGUAAUGGAUUUAUAUGUCCGGUUUCUAUUAAAUUUGAUGAAGAAUUACAUUUUAAGGUUUUAGAUAUCAUUAAAACAGGCGAUGAUGGAUCAGUUGAAGCAUUAAACUGUUCUUGGACGCAUUCAUUGUUUGCUUUUGGCUCUAUCACUGGUGUACUUGGAAUUUGUGAUGCUCAGACAAUGCGUGUUCGUCAAAAAUGGACAUAUAUAGAUGAAGAUGAUUCGCAACCUAUUGGUAUUACAUCAUUAUGUUGGAGUCGAUAUAAACCUAUAUUUUUCACAGCUACCACUAAAGGUUCUAUAGUUGCAUGGUGUGGUAUUACUGGAUUAACAAGAAAGUCUUCAUCUGGUUUAUUAACAGAGAAAAUUCCCUUAAAAAUAUGGUGGGGUCAUAAAGCAAUGAUUUUGUAUUUAACUCUACCACCAUUUCAUAAAUCUAUGGAAGAUAAUAUUAAUAACGAUGAUGGAAUUGAACAAUUAAACAAAACAGGAUCAUCUAUUGAACCUUUCUUGUGUACAGCAUCAGAUGAUACAACUAUUCGAUACUUUGCUAUUGAUAUUUCAUCAUAA